GAAAAAAAAAAAUCCUCAGCGUCACUGCCCUAGUGGGAAAAGAUCUUUGGUCCCCUCAAUCACAGCUUGGUCUGGAUGACUUCCACCUCAUUCCUGGCCCCAUGGCUCUAGAGGGAGCUGUGUUGCUUCUUUAGCAUCCAUUUGCUUGCUCGGGCUUCUCUUGCCGGUACCGGAUGCAGGAGGGUGGAGAUGACUGGGAGGCCAAGGAAGGAAGUAGGAAGUCGCUUCUGUCGGCAUCAGCUGCUGCUGCACUCAGGGACUUUUACCCCAGGAGAGACCCCCCCAGUAGUGUAGCCUGUCUCCUCCCCAAAGUGGAGGUCUGUCCAUGGGGAAGAGCUGCAAAGUGGUGGUGUGUGGCCAGGCAUCGGUGGGGAAGACCUCCAUCCUAGAACAGCUGUUGUAUGGUAACCAUGUAGUAGGUUCUGAGAUGAUUGAAACCCAGGAAGACAUCUAUGUGGGUUCAAUUGAGACUGACCGAGGUGUGCGGGAGCAGGUGAGGUUCUAUGACACGAGGGGCCUUCGAGAUGGGGCAGAACUUCCCAGGCACUGUUUCUCCUGUACAGACGGCUAUGUCCUCGUCUAUAGCACUAACAGCCGAGAGUCCUUCCAGAGAGUUGAACUGCUCAAGAAAGAGAUUGAUAAAUCGAAGGACAAGAAGGAGGUCACCAUUGUGGUCCUUGGCAACAAAUGUGACCUUCAGGAGCAGCGUCGAGUGGACCCUGAUGUGGCCCAGCACUGGGCCAAGGUGGAGAAGGUGAAACUGUGGGAAGUGUCUGUGGCUGACCGCCGCUCUCUCCUUGAGCCCUUUGUCUACUUGGCCAGCAAGAUGACUCAGCCUCAGAGCAAGUCGGCCUUCCCACUCAGCCGUAAAAACAAGGGCAGUGGCUCCUUGGAUGGCUGAGGCUUCCCUUCUCUCAUUCCACCCACCCUGUCCCUCAGCCCCACCCUAUCCCAAUCCUGUCCUCCCCACCAACUCCUUGGGGUUUCAGGUAAUUGGGGAAAUGGGGCGGGGGGCAGAAUAAGAUGGGCUUCCUGAAGUCAGCCUGGCAGAGGGCUACAGUCUCAUCUUACUCCACUGCUUCUCUUCCUUGGAGAGGAGUCCAAAUAGUGCAUGUUACUCCACAGCCACCACAUCACUCCCCCUCACCCCUGUACUUUUGCUAUUGGGCUGAAAUCCAGUUUGAGGGCAGGAGAUAGCCAGUUGAUUGUGGUCCCCUGGAAAAGGCCUCCAAGAACUCCAAGUCAUGGCCCUUGGGAAAAGAUAACCAAUCAGAGAUAGACUGGCAUGGGAGGGAAGGGGAAGGAAGUCCUCCCUAUCUCAGGAGAUGUCUCCAGUUCACUUGUGUCCUUCCCGUAAGAAGAACCCAAGCCACUGGAGAAACAGAAACUUCUCACUGAGUUAAGUAAGACCCUCCGGCUUUUUCUAUUUUGUCCUGCCCAGGGAGUAUGGCCAUGAUGUAGUAUGAAGGACCUUCCAUGGUGGGGGGUAGGGUCCAGUCUCAACUCUCUUCACUUACUGGCAAGGUGAUUUGGGACAAGUACAUUUCCUUUCUGGGCCUCAACUUCCUCCCCUAUAAAGAUGAAAGAGUCAAGACUCAAUGAUUUCUAAACACCUUCCUUUUAGACUCCUUUGCCUUUCCAGGUCUCUAGUUGUCUUCACCUAUUCAAGUGCUCCACUUGACCUUCAGCCACCAGGGGGCAGGAGCACACCAUCCAUGUUAGCUGCUUAGAGGGCCCUUAUGGUACAGGGGACAGCUUGUCCAGUAAUCCAGACUGCUACUGACAGGUCCAGUUUGCUGACUCUCCUCCUAUCCUGGGGGAUAGAUUUAUGGCUUCUUAAAGCCCACCCUUUCCCCUGCUCUGGGUUUUUUUUUUAAGGUUAAUAACAACCUAUACUGCAUCUGUAACUAUCCCUACCUCCCAUAAUGAAGGAUAUAUAUGGCACCUCUCCCUCAUAGCUCAUGGGGUCUGGUAGGACAAAGCAGACCAGCAGAAGCCUAUCAGUGGCUGAUCAUCCACUUAGUAUAUGUUCAUGAAUGUAUGUGACAUUCUAUAAUGUAUUAUGUACUCCUGCCAACAUCAGGCACCCCUUUCCCCACAUGAAGACAUGUAUUCAGAUAAAAAAAAUCACCUUGGGGUACUUUCACAGCCUCCUUGCCCAUGCCCAGAGCAUAUAUACCAUCUUCCCCAACAUGGGGGAAGACGGAACAGGGGAUUUUGUGGGGCAGAGGUUAACACAAAUACACCACUAAACUCCAGACUCUUUUAUUGAUGAGUUUGACAUAAUAAAGCCCCAAUAGUUUAUGAUUAAAAAAAUUCCCCCCCCCUCCCCUUUUCUUGUUUUCUCCCACUGGAAACAUCUGAAGGAAAAAUAGAUAGGUGGAGGGUACUGGCCAAGUCCCAGGAGGUAGGGCAGGGGAUAUCUUGAAAACAAUUGUUAGAAAUCUUGGAUCGGACUGGGUCCCACUACUCCAAUUUUACAGCCUAGGUCGAUUUGGAGAGUGCUGUGGUCUGAGAUGUGAAGGAGAAGGAAUGGCUUUUUUGAGGGAGGGAGGCUAAAGUGCACUGGAAUAGAAUGGGGGGGAAGGGAAGACGGGGAGAAUGCCUGUUAUUUCUCUAAGGUUUAAAAGAUGCAGGGAGAACAGAAGGUGCUGAGAAGGCGCAGACAUUGGCCAGGCAUGCAUCCUGAAAGAGAGCAGAGCAGGGCUCUGGCUUAGGGCUAAGUCUAGGAUAGAAAGUGGUCUGGCUGAUGCAGACUAGACUUUUUUUAUAGUAAAGCCAUAGAAUGGACUACCAUUCCCACCAGCUCACCUCUCCUCAUUCACCCCCAUUACAUUAACAAAUCCAUCUGAGAAUGAAGCAGUCUCCUCCCUUCCCUACCUUAGCACUCCCCAGACUUGGAAAGGUCCUUCCCUUUUUUUUUUCCCAUUAUAGUUCUCUUCCCCCAAGUCCACAUUUUCCCUAAGGGGAAUACUGCCCCAACCCUGUCUUCCCCAAUAUCUCCUUUCUGUGGUCCCCCAAAGAAUUAAAUGCCUGGAGUGGAGAGGUCCUUUUGGUGGAAGACAUCCCCCAAAAUAAGGAAGUACAGGUCAUAAACUUGUCCCUUGCCUUUGGGCCCUGGAGAAACAUACUUGGCAAAGCUAAGAUGCUAAGAAUUAAGGGGUUGGGAACCCUCCAGUCACCCACAUUGCAGGAACUGGGGUAGGUGGACAACCAGAUUUGCCUCCCUCCUAUUUCCCUUGAAAAGUGACAACACCAUGGAGCUGGCUUUGGAGAUUUUGCAUAGAUUGUUGGGGAUCUGUUAGUGCCUGGGGCUGAGGAGACCUUGGCUGUAGACUAUAGGGCCACCAUAACUGCAGGGAAUGGAUGACUGAUACAGAUGCCUGGUUCCUCACCCCCAUAAUGGCAGAGGGUGGUUACCUUGCAUGAACUGGAAGUAUUAGGCUUAAGGUCAGAUUUAGAGUUAGAAGAAACCUUAGAGGCCGUCUCGUCCACCUCUUGCAGAGAGGGAGAUGAUGCUGACUAAAGAUGGGCUUUGUCUUACCCCAAAGGAGACCACUCGUUGUAAAGAGACAUUGCUCCAUGGCCAUGGAGACAGGAGGCAGGAGUGUGGGGGAGUUAGCUUUGCCUCCCCCAGGGAGGAUCAGUAUGGAGCAAAAACAAUGGGCCCAGUAGCUGGGCGGACAGCUGCUGCUGGUGAUCGAAACAGUGCAGGCCCCAGCAUCGGGGCUGGGAAGAGAGUGGUAGCAGCAGCUGGGGCUGGCCGGAGAGCCAAGGGCCCUGGAAGGGUGCAUACUGCAGCGGUAGGAAGGGGGCUGGGUAGGAAUCGGGCUGCCAGGGUCUUGGUAAGUUGUUUCUGCAAGGCCAGUUUAGACUACAGAAAAAGAUAUAAAGAGUUUAUUACUGCAAGAAACUACCCAAUCCCACCUGUCUUCCAUCCUUCCUCCCUAGAUUGGGCUACAUGAAAACAUGCUUCCCAACCUCAUUUUCCCCUCCUUCCUCCUGCCCCCUCUCCUAUAAGCACAUGAACCAAACUUCUUCUCCAUCACCUGUCUUCCUGUCUGGGGGUGGAGAUGGGAAACCUCAGGAAUUAAAAGGGGUGAGAAAGGGAAGAUGGUGGCUAGGGAUUGUUUCCAGGGGACCCUCACCCAAACAUACACCCACCCCUCAUUCGCAUGCCCUCAAAGCUAGUGCUCCAUCCCACCUGCCGGAAAUUCCUGGGCACAGCCCAAGACAACAAAAGGCCAAAUUCAUCUUCCCUUCCCAGGGCAGGCUCAGGAAAGGGGUUUGCUUCCUUCCUGCUGCACCCAUAAAAGCUCAUCUCUAGUCAAGUGUUCUCAUAGCUACCUCCUAAUGUCUCUCCCGGACACUAUCCCUUCCCAUCCACCCCCACAAAAAGCUACCACCACCUCAUUCCUUUUGGCUUUGCCUGGCUCAGAGCUGCCCACCCAGUCUUCCUGUCCCCAGGAUUUGUGGGUUGGGACUUCCAACAUUUGGUGACAGGUACCUUGAGGAUACUCACAGCCAGCGCCCCGUGUUUCUGUAGCUUGCUAUGCUGACUGACCUUAGCCUUCAGGGGUUUCCCUGCCAGCCUGUCUUUGUGUCUCCGGCUGCUCAUGUGCUAAAAGAUAUGGACACAAAUAGGGCGUCAGUUGAGGCAGGUCUCCCAAAUAGGCUUCCUUACCCUUGUGAUUUAUGAUAAGGAAGAACUGAGGGAAGGUAAGAGCUAAAUCUCCCCGAUGUUGCCUACCCACUCUUUUUUCCCUUCCCCAAGGGUAAUACUCUUCCCUUAGCAGUCAUCCACCAUCAUUCAACCCUCCUCUGCAUCUUCCUAUUCACCCCUCAUAGCUCUGUACACUCCUAUCUGGCUCAUGCUCCCAUCAACCUCCCAUCUCCCCCUCUGGCCACCCCAACCCCAACCUCUCCGGGGGUGGGAAACAUGUGGCCAAGUUUUACAGAACAAAUCCUUUUAUUAUGGGGAUUUGUUCUAUGAAGUUUGGAUUCAGUCAAAGGGCUGCACUUGAGGACCUAGAGGGCCACAUGUGGCCUCUAGGCUGCAGGUUCCCCACCUCUGCACCCUUCCUAUAUCUUUCCUUCUCCCACCUGCUUGAGUUGGGUCUCAGAGUUGACAUGGAGCUGACAGAGGGCACAGUGGAAAGAAGGGCUUGGCCCCGGCUUGCCACCUGGGGCUCCUGCCACACGCUUAGCCUUGUGCCUGGCCCCUCCACGAGGCAUAAUUCGGCCUCGGCCUCUUCGAGGAACUCCUCGAUGACCAUCCACCAUCCACUUGUGCUUGGCUCCUAUGAGGGGAGAGAGAUCCCAUCAGAGGCCAAUGAUGGGAAUAGUGGGACAAAGGUAUAUAGUCCCUCCAACCUGAAGGCCAUCCCUCAGCCUCCAGGAUAUUCUGUUCAUCAAGCCCACCUAAGCUGGAUGAGCAUUGUCUGCCUUGUGAUUGAAGCUUUUUCUCAGCCUCUCUCAUUACAUACAGAUACACAUCCCCGAUUCCUAGCACCUUCAUGCAGUCUUACUUUCCUUGUCCUUUGCCUCCUCUAUAGAGCCCAUUUCAAAAUAAUGGUUCAUUGCUUUCGUUCAUAAUUGGGAGAAAGGGCUAAAUUUCAGUUAGAGGUUAGUGAAAAUCAAGAUGUAAUUUUUUCCCGUCCAAAUUCAGAUUCCCUGAAAUCUGUCUAUAGAUACCUCCCCCCCCAAAGAGAACCCCAAGUUGAAAACCCCAAUUCUAGAGUCAUAGAAGCCUUCUGUCCCUUGUCCUCUCUCUUCCUAGAUCAUUUGCCUCCAGAGAUUGGAGGUAGGCCUAGGAGAUAAACUUUCCCAGGGCUACCUAGGCACACAGAAAGGCUCCCAGCCCCCAGAUAGAAGGGCACUGGGCAAUCAGAGGAUCAAAGCUACUAUGCCUUUCCCACUCCCUGGCCCCCGAGAAGGGUAAAAAGUAUAGAUUUUUCCCCCUUUCUCUCUUUUGCACCCUACCUUCUUCACUCCCCUUCUCCCUCCCUUGCCAUGCCCCACCCCUUCCAAGAACUGACCUGUGUUAUGGGCCUGGAGCUGUGAGGCUGAGUUGACAGUAACCUUACAGGUAGGGCAGUAGAGAGGGCCCUUCUCAUUCCGGUUGUCUGUACCCACACUGUUUCCUGCCCCUGCCCCCAUUCUAGUACCAGGCAUUUCGGCCCCUGGCCCUGGGGAUGAGGGGGAACAGGAAGGGGAAGAGGACGAAGAAGAAGAGGCAUCGGAGAGGUCCAGGCCAGCCGACUCCCUGGGAGAGGAGUCCAAAGUCUUCAGCAGAACUAGAGGGGAUCCAGAAGAGGGUGCCAAGGGAGCUGAUGAGACAGAGGCCACAGGUCAAGGGCCUGAGGCACAGACCCUGCUCCUCCCUCAUCUCCUUAGAGACCUUCAUUUGCAUGUUAUUCUAUCACCCUUUACACUGUAUUCAUUAAAUGGCAAAAUGAGUAGAAAUGCCCAGUCCCAAUUAUUUGACCAGGCCAGAUGGGGAGGGGAGAGGGCAGAUGAGGAAUAAGCACACACUACUAUACCCUUGUUCUGGGGUUCUCCAAGAGCUCUGCUCUCAGGCGGGGUGCUGGGUGGAACAGUGGCUCUCUCCCGGGCUGGAGUAUAAGUCCUCUGCUUACUCUUGGCAGCCUCCACAGCCUUGACCUUUCUCGCAUGUUUGUGACCUUUGUAAUGAGCUUCAGCCUGGUUCUAGAAGAGAGCAGCAGGGCACGAGGGCACUGUUCAUUCGUUUACACAUUCAUCACCCAAUUAUUGAGCACCAACCAUAUAGAAGGUGGUGUAAGGUUCAAUAAAGCCCUCCACGAUCUGGCACCAAUAUACAUUUCUAGCUUUAUUAUUAAUGAGUCAUUUGAGUGAUUCGGUAAAUAGAUGGCUGGACUUAGAGUCGUGAAGAACUGAAUUCAAAUGUUGUCUCAAACACUCAGCAGCUGAAUGACCCUGGGCAAGUCACUUCUGUCUGCCUCGGUUUCUCCAACUGUGAAAUAAAGAUAAUAAUAGCACCCACCUCAUAGAAUUGUGAGGAUCAAGUGAGAUGAGAUAUGUAAAGAACUUUGUAAACCUUAAAGUGAUAUGUCAAUGUUGGCUGUUAUUAUUAUUUUACAUGGUAAUGGUUAUAAUAGGUCACACUUACAAAGUGCUUUAAGAUUUACAAAGCUCUUAUCUCAUUUGAGCCUCACAUAUCACCGAGAAGCCAGUUGCUAUCAUACCCCUUUUACAGAUGCAACAUCUGAAGUUAAAUUACUUGCCCAGGGUCACUCAUCUAGCAAGGGUCAGAAGUGGAAUCUGAACCCAGCUCUUACUACCUUCAGCAUUUGAUCCACUAUAUAUUCUUUACUCCCCAACCUAAUAUCCUUUCUGUGUGCACUGAUAUAAAUAACCACUAGGCCUGAAAUGGAACCUGUUGAAAAUCUCUCUUGAAGACUGCCCAGCUUCUACUUCCCUCUAUGAAGUUUUCCCCAUCCUGCCCCCACUCCCACCCCCACCCAUUCUCUCUCCCUCCUCAAAUUUUCUUAAAACACUUAACUUGAAUAUCUCCUUUGUUCCUGUUACUUUCAGCUUUCUAUUAUGCCUCUUUUAGCAUAUGUCCCAGAACCCCCUACUAGACUCUCAAUUCCUUGAGAGUACUUCCCCUGAUUGUCAACAUAGGCAGGAAAAUAGAUGGAAAUUAGGCCUUUCUCCACAGGAGAUGAGGGGUGUGAAGGGACAGGGGAGUAAGGGAAUAAAGGAUGACAGGAGAAGUGAAAGAUAGAGGAGUAGGGAAGGAUGUGGGCAAGGUAGGAUGGGGUGAGGGGAGAAAGCAGCAUAAGGAGAGUGGAGAAAUGGAGAGAAAAUUUAGGAAGGCAGGAGAUUACUCCAGAUAACAACGAUCAUAACAUGACAGAUUUAGAGCUAGAUGUUAAAGGCCAUCUAGACUAGUCCCUUCAUUUUAUAGUUAAGAAAAUUGAGACCCAGAGAAAUGAAGUGACUUGAAGUGAGUGGCAGAGCCAGGAUUCAAACCUACCUUUUCUGACCCCAUGUUCAGCAUUCUUUCCAAGUAUCUGGGUCAUUUCCUCACCUUUCCCCUUCCUCCCAGUAUAUCAAGUCUGGUUCCCAGUUUUCUUCUGCACACUCCUGCCAUUCCCACUGACAGUUCCCCAUUCAUUAGACCUUCUCCCUCUCCCUCCACUUAGCUCACCGAAGAGUUGAACCUCAAGUGGCAGAUGUUACAGGAGAUAAACAGCUUCUUCUUUAUAGGGGAGGGGACUCCAAAAGUGUGACUGAUUACUGCUUUCUGGACUGGGUCCAUCUGUGAGGUGAGGUGGGGUGAGAGAGAAUAGCAAUUAUGAGCCCUGCCCUCUCCCUAGUUGGGAGAGGGUUAAGUAGGAAGGCACUGAACCACUGUGGGUGAACUACACAGGAAUAGAGAGAAACAAAGCCAACAGUGGCCUCCACCUUCCUGAAAAGCUAAGCCCUGGAAGGACUCCUGUCUAUAUUAGUCUGAGGGGGUUGAGGAGGUCACCCUGCAUGGAAGUAGAAUGACCAAGGUCACCUUUCACAAGUCUGUGAUUUAGGGAAAUAAACUGUCGUGAUUACAGCAUU